CAAGCCUCCCUACGCCUCUGCUCCCGGAACGGCAGCGUCGCAGCUGCCGCUGAUCCACCUGGGGGAUGCCCGCGGGCCUCACGGAACCGGCCGGCGCCGCUCCUCCAGCCGGUGUGAGCGCCUCCGGGACCGUGACCAUGGCCCCCGCUGGGACUCUCCCUGUCCGGGUGGAGAGUACUCCGAUGGCCUUGGGCGCCGUGACUAAGGCUCCUGUCAGUGUCUGCGUGGAGUCCACGGUGUCCCAGCCCCUGCGGUCCCCCGUGGGGACCUUGGUGACCAAAGUGGCUCCUGUCAGUGCUCUUCCUAAACUCAGCAGCGGCCCUCCGCUGCCUGCUCCUCAGAUAGUCGCUGUGAAAGCCCCCAACACCACAACAAUCCAGUUGCCUGCUAAUUUGCAGCUUCCUCCAGGAACAGUUUUAAUCAAAAGUAACAGUGGCCAAUUGAUGUUGGUGUCUCCUCAGCAAGCUGUGACAAGAGCAGAGACCACUAGUAACAUAACUUCAAGGCCAGCUGUACCAAUGAAUACUCAUACAGUCAAAAUUUGUACAGUGCCGAAUUCUGGUUCACAGUUAGUUAAGAAAGUGGCAGUGGCACCUGUUAAAAAAUUGGCACAAAUAGGAACUACUGUGGUAACCACUGUUCCAAAGCCUUCCUCAGUACAGUCUGUGGCUGUGCCAACCAAUGUUGUCACAGUUACUCCUGGAAAGCCCUUGAAUUCUGUAACUACCUUGAAGCCUUCAACUUUGGGAGCAUCACCUGCCCUGUCAAAUGAGUCCAGUCUCAAAGCAGAGAACUCAGUAGCUGCUCAGGCAGAUCUUUCUCCGGCGAUGCUAGAAAAUGUGAAGAAAUGUAAGAACUUCCUUGCCAUGUUAAUAAAACUAGCGUGUAGUGGAUCACAGUCCCCAGAAAUGGGGCAGAAUGUUAAGAAACUGGUGGAACAACUUUUGGAUGCAAAAAUUGAAGCAGAAGAAUUUACUAGACAACUGUAUGUUGAACUCAAGUCUUCACCUCAGCCUCAUUUAGUUCCUUUUCUUAAGAAAAGUGUGAUUGCCUUACGACAACUCAUGCCCAACUCCCAGAGCUUUAUUCAGCAGUGUGUUCAGCAGACUGGUAGCGAGGUAGCCAUUGCUACCUGUACCACAACAGCAGCAACUUCUCCCGUGGUGACGACAACAGUUUGCUCCAUCCAGUCUGAAAAACCCAUCGUCGCUUCUGGAGCAGCAGCACCCAGUACUGUGUCAGUGCCAGCUCUGAAUCCACUUGCUGGCCCAGGGGGAGCAAAACCAGGAGCUGUGACACUUCAUUCUGUGGGCCCACCUGCUGCACCAGGAGCAACAGCAGCUGGAACUGUUUUGCUUCAGACUCCAAAACCACUUGUGACAUCUAUACAGAACACAGUCACAGCAGUCACCCUUCCGCCUGAGAAGCCAGGUGUCUCUGGGGCAGCAGUCACACUGGCCCUCCCCGCGGUGACUUUCGGAGAACCUUCAGCAGCAGCUAUCUGUCUUCCGUCUGUGAAACCUGUCAUGACCUCUGCUGGGACCACAUCUGACAAGCCUGUCAUUGCUCCAGUCCAGAUCAAACUUGCACCCCCGGGCCCUGUCCUUUCUCAGCCGGCUGGUAUUCCACAGGCAGUUAAAGUCAAACAACUAGUAGUCCAGCAGCCUUUAGGAGGUGUCACAAAACAAGUGACCACGCUUCCCCAUUCCUCAACAUUGACCAUUCAGAAAUCUGGACAGAAGAAGAUGCCAGUGAGCACUGCAAUACCUACCAGUCAGUUUCCUCCAGCUUCCAUUCUAAAGCAAAUUACCCUGCCAGGAAAUAAAAUUCUGUCACUCCAAGCAUCUCCUAUUCAGAAAAAUAAAGUAAAAGAGAAUGGAACAACAUCUUUCAGAGAUGAAGAUGACAUCAAUGAUGUGGCUUCCAUGGCAGGGGUCAACCUCAGUGAAGAAAAUGCCUGCAUCUUAGCAACAAACUCUGAACUGGUUGGCACUCUGGUUCAGUCAUGUAAAGAUGAGCCUUUUCUUUUCAUCGGAGCUCUGCAGAAGAGGAUUUUAGACAUUGGUAAAAAGCAUGACAUUACAGAACUUAACUCUGAUGCUGUGAACUUGAUCUCCCAUGCAACACAGGAGCGAUUACGAGGCCUUCUAGAAAAACUGACUACAAUUGCUCAGCAUCGAAUGACAACAUACAAGGCAAGUGAAAAUUACAUCCUGUCUAGUGACACCAGAUCACAGCUCAAAUUUCUUGAAAAGCUGGAUCAAUUGGAGAAGCAGAGAAAGGAUUUAGAAGAAAGAGAAAUGCUACUUAGGGUAGCCAAGAGUCGUUCCAAUAAAGAAGAUCCAGAACAGCUGAGAUUAAAGCAAAAAGCCAAAGAGUUACAACAGUUGGAGCUUGCUCAGAUACAACAUAGAGAUGCCAACCUCACAGCUCUUGCGGCUAUCGGACCAAGAAAGAAGAGACCACUAGAAUCUGGGUCUGGAAGUGAGGGCUUAAAAGACAACUUUCUUGCUUCUGGGGCAUCCAGCCUGACAGCCACCAAACAGUUGCUUCGUCCAAGAAUCACAAGAAUCUGUCUCAGGGACUUGAUAUUCUGUAUGGAACAGGAAAGAGAGAUGAAGUAUUCUCGAGCUCUGUACCUUGCCCUUCUGAAGUGACCACUCCAGUCUCCAUCCAGAUCCGUGCUGUUUACUGCCAAAGAAGACAUAAAGAGCAUUGUUGCACUCUCCUGAAAUGUCAGUUUCUGGAAAAUAAUCACCAAUAGGGAAGAUAAUUGUUUACAGUUAUAAACUUUUAUUGAAUCUUACUUACACAUCCCACGGGGUUCUUAAUGACUAGAAUUCAACUUUGUCUUCUGGAAAUUGGUUAUGAAAUGCAGUUUACACAGACGUAGGCUUCUGCCUACCUGUGGCUUUAAUUACAGCAAGUUAAGGCCCUGUUUGUCACCACCUGCUUCCUUUGCCAAACUGUUAACAGGCGAGGUGUCUUUCCCUAAUACGGCCUGCAUUACGACGCAGGGAAAAGAGAGGAAGAGUCACUGCUUACCAAGGAGACUGUCUCAUCCUCUACCGAACUUGUCUCAAAGUGUUAGGUUUUCUAGGCUGGGAUCAGAAGUUGCUUAACUAAUUGUGACAGUCACCUUCUGUAGUUGCAGGUGACAAGCCACAGUGUCUGUGGUGACUUUGGUCAGCUGAGUCCCGGUGUUGUCGAAACGGAGACAAAUGGGGAUAGUUUGUGCCUGAGGUGGCUCAUUCUCUGGGUCGUCACCAUAUGCUGCUUCUGAUACCAAGUGAGGGGGACGUCCUCAUCAGGGAAGCUUUAAGAUGGAAGCUGCUGAUAUACCUCACUGAAGAACGGAAAAGGUGGGAAGCACUGAAAGGAACGAUGGGGCACGCGUUCAGACUGAGGAGGGAGAAUGGAAAUGGACCCACAGAACAGGAAGUGUGCUGCGCCUGCGUCCUGCGUUCCAGGGUGGAAUUGGAACUCCAUGACGGGUACAUGUUUUGUUGACAGGACAAAAUCACAGCCCAACCAAAAAAGGAGAAUGUAUCAAACAUUUUCAAACUUACAGAAUUUCAAAAGGAAGAGUUAUUUUUUGUUUUGUGUAUUGUUUUAAAUCUCAAGAAGGAAUAGUUUUGUAAAAUCCUUUUCAUUACCGCAAGUUUUAAGCAUCUUGUUGCAUUUAAAAAAUACUAAUCGAUGAUUAGAAAUUUUUAACAAUAGAACUCCAUUUUGGAUUCUAUACCCAAAAGGUAAUGUCAUCAUUUCAUUGUUGGAGAUCUUGGCUCUAAAUGUAUUAUGAGGAGCAUGUCAUAUAUAUAUAUACAUAUGUAUAUAUAUGUAUAUGUGUGUGUGUGUGUGUGUGUGUGUGUGUGUGUGUGUAUUCAUCUGAGGAGGAAGCUGGUUUGUAAAGCAAACUGUUUUUUUUUUUUUUAAUUUUAAUUCCACCUUUGUGGCACGUAGCUGGUGGAAAAUAAUAGCUGUAUGUAGAAUCCCAUACAGAAAGAACAAGUAAAUGCUCCAAGAAGAUUUUUUAAAAAUGGGCAAGCUGUGCUUCUUACAAAAAGAAUUCAAGGAGAAAAGAACGCAACUCUAGUGUGUUCGGUAUGUUACUCCUCAUCCUGUUCUUUCCACUGGGACUGUUCUGGCCAUGUUCUAUACUGUAGUAAAUGUUAAAGUGGCCAUUUUUGUUUCAGCAAGUUAUGUAAAAUGCUAUAAAUUACGUAUAUGUUAAAAGAGAAACUUUCAGAAGAGAUCUGUAUCUAAAGUUGUUUUUGUAUAUUUAAAUGCUUAGCUUUAUUUUUUUGUAAAGUGCAGCAUAUUCCCAUAUUUGUGUA